AGCUCCGGCCUGAUGGGCCACUUGGCUCGCAUGCAGACUUUACCUUUACCUUUACCGUGUGUGGUUACAGGUUGUUUUUAAUGUAAUAAAACUGGUAGAAUAAGGUAUAUUCUUUGCAUAAAUGUACUUUCAAUGCAUUUUGAACAGAUAACUGCUUCAGCACUUGAGAUUGAUUUUGGAACUUUAGCAGCUUCCUUAAGCUGUGUACCCCUGCACAAACGUCUUGAUAUCUCAGCUGAUGGAAUACACCCAGAUGUUGUUAAGGAGUUUGAAUUGAAUGCAAAUGCACAUUUAAGGGAACAACAUAAAACUGAAGCAGAUAUUUCACCAAGGUGUUCUAAUGCUGAAACUGUCACUAAGCCUGUGGCAGUAACAACAACAGAGCCAAGACCUUCUCUGGUAAACACUCUUCAAAACUCAUUGUCACCACAUGGUGUAAGCAACUGUGAACAGGAUAUCAAUAAAAAAACUUCUAAACAGUCUGGCAAUAACUCUAAACAAUUCACUCGCUCAAUAAAAGGUGAUUUGUCACACGUAAAGAAGCCAGGAGAUGGAAGAGAAUCUUGCACCCUACAUAACACACAAAACUUGCAGAAUUCAUUAAAAGAUGUUUUGCACACUGUCAAGACUUCUUCUAAGACUGGUACAGUGGAACAGUUAGCUCAGUCAAGUGAUAAUGAAGAUGAUGAACUUGAAUUCCUCCUUUCACUUGGAACACCUGGAGUUAAAGAUAGUAACAAACCCCUUGGUGGAAACCAGUCAAAUAAGGUUUCUUCAGCAUCUGUAAUAGUUCCAUCUUCAUCUGUAAAGCCAACUGUUCAGUCCGCAAAGAAAGCUGAGGAUGACCUCGAAGACUGGCUGGAUAGUGUACUGGGCUGACUUUAUUUAUCUUGUUAGCAAAUACUCUAACUAUUGUAACAUCUGAAUUAAUAAUAGCAAACUGACGCAUAUGAUCUGAACAAAAAUUCAGUUGGUCAUCUUGAUGGACUUUAAUUGCAUCAGCAGUGUAAUAAUUUCAUGAGCAGUACAUGUACAACUCCUUUACAAGGUCCAGCCUAAUCCUGGGGAAGCUGGGAGGGGGUUUAUUAAUUUCCAGAUAUGUAGCAGGAAACCCUGGAUGGAUCAUUUGAGGUGACUACGAUUAUCAGUUGAGUAAGGCAUGACAGAAGUUUGGUGACAGAGUUUUAGUUUUAAAAGUAUGGUGUUGUCACGGACAACUUACGUCGUUACCAUUAGUAACAAUAUCAACAGCCAUGCAUUGCCUUAUAUGUUACCUACAAUUUUGCGCAAUUUGCUGACAAUAACGUCAAAGCCUGACAAGUUGCCACUGGAAACGGAGCCAGUUGCCCGUGACAACAACACAAUGUUCAUGUUAAAAUCUGGUCGCACCUGAUAAUCGUAGUAACUUAGCCUUUUCUAGGCAAUUGAGUAGUUGGGUCCCUUAUCCCUUUUUUCAUUUUUUUUUAAACUUGAACUUCUUUGUGCUGUCUCCAAACU